CUAACGUCUUCACUCCCAUCCUCCUUCUUAUUACCUCCUCACAUCGGAGAAUCUCACCGGAGAUUUAAGAUAUGUCACUAACCUCAAUCUACGCAACACUCUCCCUCCUCCUAAUCUACCUAUCUCUCCUCUCCACAAACGCGUCUGGUAAUGAUGGAUCACGCCGUCCAAUGUUAUUCCCUCUCUUCCUCUCCCAAUCCAAUUCCUCCUCUCCUUCAAGAUCCGUCUCCCUUCACCAUCGGAAACUCCACAAAUCAUCACUACCUAACUCUCGCAUGCGACUCUACGACGAUCUUCUCCUCAACGGGUAUUACACGACGCGGCUUUGGAUUGGUACGCCUCCUCAGAUGUUUGCUCUCAUUGUUGAUUCUGGGAGUACUGUUACUUAUGUUCCGUGUUCUGACUGUGAACAGUGUGGCAAACACCAGGAUCCAAAGUUUCAGCCGGAGAUGUCCAGCACUUACCAACCUGUAAAGUGCAACAUGGACUGUAACUGUGACGAUGAUAAAGAACAAUGCGUUUACGAGCGUGAGUACGCUGAACAUAGUAGUAGCAAAGGCGUGCUCGGAGAAGAUCUCAUUUCGUUUGGUAAUGAAAGUCAGCUUACACCUCAGCGAGCUGUGUUUGGUUGCGAGACUGUUGAAACCGGUGAUCUGUACAGUCAACGUGCUGAUGGUAUUAUUGGAUUAGGACAAGGAGAUCUAAGUCUUGUUGAUCAGUUGGUGGAUAAAGGUUUGAUAAGCAACUCUUUUGCUUUGUGUUAUGGAGGGAUGGAUAUCGGUGGAGGUUCAAUGGUUCUUGGUGGUUUUGAUUACCCGUCUGAUAUGAUAUUCACGGACUCGGACCCUGAUCGUAGUCCAUAUUACAAUAUAGAUUUGACGGGGAUACGUGUUGCUGGGAAGCAGUUGUCGCUUAGCUCUGGAGUCUUUGAUGGAGAACAUGGAGCUGUUUUAGAUAGUGGUACGACGUAUGCUUAUCUCCCUGACGCAGCAUUUGCAGCAUUUGAGGAAGCUGUAAUGAGGGAAGCUUCUCCGUUGAAGCAGAUUGAUGGCCCUGAUCCAAAUUUUAAAGAUACUUGCUUCCAUGUUGCUCCAAGUAACGAUGCUUCCGGACUUUCAAAAAUAUUCCCUUCAGUGGAGAUGGUUUUCAAGAGUGGACAGUCAUGGCUUUUGUCCCCUGAAAAUUACUUGUUCCGUCAUUCCAAGGUGCAUGGCGCAUACUGUCUCGGUGUAUUCCCAAAUGGGAAAGAUCAUACGACCCUUUUAGGAGGAAUUGUGGUUCGCAACACACUUGUUGUGUAUGAUCGUGAGAAUUCUAAGGUUGGAUUCUGGAGAACUAAUUGUUCAGAGUUAUCAGAUAGGCUUCAUAUAGCUGGUGCACCACCAAGUCCACCACCACCACCACCUGCAAAAUUGCCUUCAAAUGAUUCAAAUCCAUCUCUCAAUACAUCAAACAAUCUCCCAGGGGAGAAGAAUCAGAUUGGUCGGAUAAACCUUGAUAUCCAACUAACAGUCAAUUCUUCAUAUCUGAAACCUCGCAUUGAUGAGCUCUCCCAGUUAUUCUCCAAGGAGCUCAAUAUCAAACCUACACAGGUCUAUUUAUCAAACCUCACCUCUAAUGGAAGCAACUCUCUAAUAAGAGUAGUUGUUGUUCCUACCGAAUCUUCUAGUUUAUUUUCCAAUGUCACAGCAACGAGCAUAGUUUCUCGGUUUAGUGAUCAUCAAAUCAAGCUUCCUGAGACCUUCGGAGAUUACCAGCUCGUUACUUACAAACUCGAGCCUCAAAGUAAAGGGACAAGGUGGCAGAUGAAGAACACCACUCUCGUGAUCGCAAUUGUGAUGGUCUCUGUAGUUGUUGGUUUAUUAGCAUAUGGAGUUUGGUUGAUGUGGAAACGCAAGCAAACAUCAAAUCUCUAUAAACCUGUCGAUGAAGCCAUAGUCGCUGAGCAAGAACUGCAACCUUUAUAAACAGCCUCUUAGUUCCUUACUUUUAUCUUACAAACUGUUCGGUCUUAUUCAAAGAAUACCAUACCAACCGUCUUACUUAUGUUUAUUGCUUAGUAAAUAAUGCCAACUUUUUGUUUUUAAUUAUGAGUGUUUUAUAUCCUUUUCAUUUGUAUUUUGUUCUCUAUGUUUUUUUCUGUCUCAUUGCUCAGUCAUUGGUAAGAAAAAAAUUUGAUGAAAACUGC